UUUCUCCAACCAGGUCUAUAAAGCGUCAUUAGUGAAGCAGAAUCAAAAUUCACCAUGGACGCAACUACGCCUAAGCGUCCGCAACAGCCACAGAUCUACAAAGCAACCUAUUCAGGUGUGCCAGUGUAUGAAAUGCAAUGCAAAGGCAUAGCGGUAAUGCGAAGGAAGGCCGACGCCUACUUGAAUGCUACGCAAAUUCUUAAGGUUGCCAACUUUGAUAAGCCUCAAAGAACGCGAAUAUUGGAACGAGAAGUUCAGAAAGGACAGCAUGAAAAAAUCCAAGGUGGUUAUGGAAAAUACCAAGGAACAUGGGUGCCAUUUGAAAGAGGAGUAGCUCUCGCUCGACAAUACAAAGUUGACCAAAUUCUACAACUUAUUAUCGACUUUGUACCGGGUGAUACCUCCCCACCUUUGGCGCCGAAGCAUGUUACAGCUGCCCAUUCCAAGCCACGUAAGCCAAAGGAGCCAAAAGCGCCGAAGGAGCCUAAAGAGCCUAGAGAACCUCGAAAACGUAGACCAAAGACACUGUGGGAGUCACACCACUCUGAUGUCGAAGGCUCUUCUCAAAAUAGCGAUGGCGGCGAAAGUGAUACUUCACGUCACAUGGCGGUCGACCGACUGGGAACGCGAACUCCGUCUCCACUAUCGCGACAAGGUCGUUCAGAUGAUGAGUUAGGUUACAAGAAGAAGCGACCUUCAUCCCAAAAUCAUGCAUCACAACUACUUUCUCCUUCUUAUCGGCCCGGCAGUCAGCGGAGUUCGCAACACCAGCAUCGCCAGCAAGCCAAGCGUAGAAAAGUGCUGGAGGCCGAAUACCUCCAUCCGGGCAGUGUUGAUGAUAUGGAUGAGGACGAUCAACCAUCCUUAUAUGCUCAACAGCUUUUGGAUUAUUUUGUCUCCAACUCCGAUGAAGUACCUGAUAUCUUGACCCAUCCUCCAGAGGAUUUCGAUAUCGAUGUCAUUGUCGAUGAGGAAGGUCACACAAGUUUACACUGGGCCGCUGCCAUGGGAAGGUUGAACGUUGUGCAUUUGCUCAUUUCCCAAGGCGCUGACAUCUUUCGAGUCAAUUAUCGUGGACAAACUGCACUUAUGCGAGCCGUCUUAUUCACCAACAACUUUGAUGCGAAAUCCUUUGGUACGCUACUGGACCUCUUGCAAAAAACUAUCUUCAAUAUUGACAAGAAUGAUCAAACUGUCUUUCAUCAUAUUGCAAGCACAGCUGGCUGGCGGGGAAAAGUGCAUGCUUCACGUUAUUAUAUGGAAUGUUUGAUCGCCAAGUUGUCCAGUAAUCGACAUGAACUAGUAGCGCUACUCAACGUACAAGAUGUUUACGGUGAUACUGCUUUGACCAUCGCAUCUAGAAUCGCCAAUAAGAAACUUGUCAAACUGCUCUUGGAUGCCGGUGCCUCACCAGAUAUUGUCAAUGAAGAUGGAAAAGCUGCUCAAGAUUACAUUGUGGAGAUCGAACAGAAAAGCCGACGCGAUAAAGCACUCUUGGGUGCUGCGCUGAGUGAUGGAGAAGCUGGAUCAACCAAGAGUUUCAAGCGUAAUGUUGCCGCUGUCCUUGGCCAGGCUAUCAAUCAAACGAAGGUUGUACCGACGGUGACCAAACUAUUUGAUGAGUUAUCAACAAGUUACGAAAAGGACAUUCUCGACAAGGAGCAAGACUUACGAGAGGCUAAACAGAUGCAACGAAGUAUCAAACGAGAAUUGAUAGAAGUCCGGUCCAAAUUACACAACGUCAACAGCAAAGCAGAUGUAUUGACAGAGGCCGAAAACAAAGUUGAUACCCUUCAAUCUCAGUUAUACCGAUUGAUUGAACAAAGCCAAAAGACCAAACUACACAAGUUGCUGGCAGAACAAGAGGCCCUCCCGCAAGAGCAGCUUAAACCACCCACUCCACCUUUGGCUCAAAUUGAUGAUGAAUCAUCAGCCAGCUCAGAACUUAUCCAUAACGAAUCCGGAAGCGAAUCCAAACAGCCUGAUCAUGAAUUGGAGAAGGCUGUAGAACGAUUGCAUAUCGAGUUGAAGGAAUUACAAAUGAAGCGAAAGUCACUAGUCAAGGAGAUAAGCUACCGUCGAGCAAGUCCUGCCAGUGAACGUCAUCAGGACUACAAACGACUGAUCGCGUUAUGCUGUGGAGUAGAGUACGACAAUGUCGAUCAGCUGCUCCAUCCUCUUCUAGAAGCUCUUGAAACGGGUGACUCGCCUCAACCCUAAUUUUUCUCAUCGGUUCGUAACUUCUGUUUCAUAACAAUGUAAUGUACGCUUCUUUAUCCAUUGCAUUUCUUUCAAAUCAGUACUUAAACUUGAACUGUACGUCAUGACAGUUCGUUCCCCCUUACUUCAAUUUGAAUACAGCUACCAUUUUGUUUCAACACACCAA